AUGGGGUCCCAGAUGGGGGCAGGGAAGGACCUAGAGACACAAGGGUUCUGUGUGAAACCUGAGUCGGGACAGGCCUUCUUCCGUGUGGUAGUGGCCAGCUGCCUGUGUGUGGCCACCAUCUACACAGGCAUUUUUGAGGGCGUCUCCGUUCAAGUGGGUUAUGAACACUAUGCCGAAGCCCGGGUAGCUAGCCUGCCCGCUUUCCUCGCCACGCCGUUCAACUCACUCAUUAACCUGGCCUACAUGCUCCUGGGGACAUACCGGCUGCGGAGAAAUGCCAGCGUCCCAGGACGCCCCGCAGAGCUGCAGAGGGCUCCAUACCUGAAGCAUGUCUUUGCCAGCAUGGCCCUGGUCUACGGUCCUGUACAGUGGCUGCAGAUCUGGACACAGACACGCUCCACUGCCAUGCUUGACCAGUGGCUCACUUUACCCAUCUUUGCCUGGCGUGCCUGGUGCCUCUCCUUAGACAGGGGCUGGCCACCCUGGUUGUUGCUCUGCAUCGAGUGUCUGUCUCUGUCCAGUUUUGGCCUUGCCCUGCUGCACCUACAGGGGUCUGAGGUGGCACUGGGUGCUUAUAUUGUGGCGGCCAUUGGAGCCCUGCACAUCCACAGGCGGUACGGCAGCACCUCCUCAGCCACUGCCUUGGGUGUGCUCUCCUGCCUGGGCUUUGUGGUUCUCAAACUGUGUGACCACGCGCUCGCACAGUGGCCUUUCCAGCGCCUCACAGGCCACUUCUGGUCCAAGGUCUGUGAUGUGCUCCAGUUCAACUUUGCAUUUCUGUUUCUGACAAAUUUAAACACUCACCCAAGACUCCAUGCCAAGGAGAAGAUGCACUAAGGUAUGGGGAGAAGCUGCCUAGCCAGUGAGCCCCAACGCUGCAGUGGGCUAUCUGGCUUCCAUCGUCGGGUGAAUUGUGCUCGCUGCGACUUACUCAGACAAAGCGAGACCUGGGUGCAGGGGACAUGGGG